AUGACCAACGGUGUAAAAAGCAGUGAUCAUCUGUGGAAUGGUCCGCUGUAUGUGGACACUCGCUAUCUUGAUGAGGCGGAGCGAGAGAAGGUGCAAUAUGCCCAAGAACUAAAGGAGUAUCAACAGACUGAGGCGUACCACAUCACCAGUGCCAAGAUACAUGACAAGAAGAUUAAAAAGGAAGACAGUCUGCCGGUUGUUGUCAGUACAAGUUCAGGAUUGUCUUUAAUGAAGGCUCCUGAGCUCUCAACCAGAUUUGACAUUCCUAUUUUCACCGAAGAGUUCCUCGAUCAGAAUAAAGCUCGAGAGGCCGAGUUGCGCCGACUUCGGAAGGCAAACAUUGAGUUUGAAGAGCAGAACGCUAUGCUGCAGCGCCACAUCAAUGACAUGAACAGCGCUAAAGAACGUCUGGAGGCUGAAUUGGGGCAGGAUGAAAAGCGUACCCAGGCUCUUCACUCACACCUGCUGGCCAUUAAACACACGCUGGUCAGCAGCCUGUCCACAGUCCCUCUGCCAGGUACAGGGGAGACAGCAUCUCUUGGUAAUCUUGACUCAUACCUGAGUCGACUCAGUGGGGUCCUGGAGGGAAAUCCUCAGAAACACCGCGCUCUCCUCAGCCAACUUCAUGAGGUCUUUUCUCAUCUGGACAGCGAGAAAUUAUGAGGAGUGUCGGAUGGCCAUGCAGCUGUGCCUCAUCUGGACAAACGACUGUUCGAAUCAACAGAAAAUUUGGGUGUGAUCACAUCUGCAAAGGAACUUGUUCAAAUUCUUAUGAAAAACACAUAUGGUCCAUGUCAACUUGUCUGUUGUUUAUAGAUACAUGUAUUCUGUAUGACAUGUGCUUCUGAACAUGUUUAAUCUGAAUGUGAAUCAGAGGAAGCAUGUAGGUAUUUUGACCAAGUCUAUUCUUUUUUUGUACCACACUAA